AACUUUCCAGUAUCCUUUGCCUUUGUCAUCGACUCUGGCCGUGAACGAUCGCAUCUAUAAUUACUACAAAGACGCCCCGAGUACAGCGCUGAUUCUCUCUCGUGGUCAUAAUCUCCUCACUGUCCUGGGAUUCCCUCUAGAAGCAAUUUUGCAAAAGUGACGAGCAAGUGCGGUUGUAUGCCAUGUCAAAUUCAGACCAAAGAGCAGAGGACAUUGCCGCACAUCGUGAGGAGAUCUACUACAGCAGCCGGUACAGUGACGAUGAGAACGAAUAUCGCCAUGUGACGCUGCCCAAACAAAUUGCGCGAUGGGUUCCGGAAGGCCGCCUAAUGUCUGAAGAGGAAUGGCGUGACCUGGGUGUGCAGCAAAGUGCAGGAUGGGAACACUACAUGAUUCAUGCUCCGGAGCCUCACAUUUUGCUCUUCCGCCGAGAGAAGGAUUAUCAGCUAAAGUAUCCCAACGGCAAGCCGAAACAGUCAACAUCAAGCACAACGACUGCAACAAAGGCCGGAGCAGUGGGCGGGUUGGCAGGCUAAUUCAAGAUGGACAGUACUCAGUUAUUGCUUGGGGUGUUUAGUUUUAUUUUUUGUAUAUAGGACAGUAGAUAUCCGUGGUGAUACAUGGCUAGGUGAUGAUGGUGGAGGACGUUUCUAAGCGUCGUUCUCUUGAUGUGGCGGUGGUUGUAAUUCGUCUGCGAAUGUGUGUACUUUAUGUCCGAGAAUAAGGUCAUUCUAUAUGUGAGCAGCUGCUGAUUCACAAAGUGAUGGGGCCUACCUCCUG